AUGGAGAAUCAAACAACAGUGAUGGACUUCAUCCUCUUGGGCAUUGCUGAUGAUGAUCAAUUCCACUAUGUGCUCUUUACCAUCCUGUUAGUCACCUACAUCUUGACUUUAACAGGUAACAUUCUCAUCAUCACCAUUGGCCUGAUAAACGAUCAUCUUCAGACUCCCAUGUACGUCUUCCUCAGGAACUUCUCCAUCUUAGAGAUUGGCUUUACCACCACUGUUAUCCCCAAAGCAUUGGCCAACCUGGCUUUAGGCAAAAAAACCAUUUCUUUAAGGGGUGGUCUCACUCAAGCUUUUCUCUACUUCAUGCUAGGUACCACUGAGUUUCUCCUGUGAGCUGUAAUGUCCUUUGACAGGUAUGCAGCCAUCUGCAAACCUCUACAUUAUGUGGCCAUUAUGAAUUCACAAGUCUGCAGCCUGCUGGUGAUUACUGCCUGGAUUGGUGGGGCUGUCCUUGUUCUUUCUCCAUCAGUGGUAUAUUUCCAGAUGCCAUUCUGUGGUUCAAACAUCAUUAAUCAUUUUUUCUGUGAUAACACACCAAUGAUUGAGCUCAAAUGUGGAAACAACAAGGUCCUAGAGUGCACGAAUUUCAUCUCAGCAGUGUUCACCCUACUGGAUACCCUAGCUAUUACAGCUGUAUCCUACGCCAACAUCAUUACUGCUGUGGUCAAAAUCCCCUCUGCUGGCAGACAGAAAGCCUUUUCCACCUGUGCCUCUCCCCUCACUGUGGUGUCUAUCAUGUAUGGCAGCUGCAUCUUCAUGUACCUCACACCCACCAGACCAACAGACGACUUCAGCAAGGUGGUGUCCAUCUUGAACACUGUGGUAUCUCCUCUGCUCAAUCCAUUCAUCUAUAGCUUGAGGAACACACAGUUUCAGGAGGCCUUAAGGGAGAGCAUUAAAUGUAGUAUAGUACUUUCUAAACACUCAGACAUUUGA